AAAAGUCACGUGAUAAAUAUUUCCAAAAUGGCGCAGAUCGACGAGUGAAAUCGGAAAGACUAGAUAUUUAUCUUAAAUUUGUUUUAGUUAUCGCUUAGUUUUUCCUUUUAUACUUGAAGAUAUGUUAAAUAAUGAUUUAAAUUCCCGAAACGAUUUAAAUGUAACACGAUCAUGGGUUGAAGCUGCAAAAUUCGUCUUGUCCAGUCAUCCAUACACACCAAUGAGUUAUAAGGAUAUUCUUCAGGAGAUUCAAGCAAAAAAGAUAAAAAAUGUCAGUAAUAGUACCCAGGGUGCCAGCCUCAACUCCUGUCUUCAUGCCAAUGCAAAAGGUCCGAACAACACUUUCUACAAAGUGGCAGGGCAGAUUGGAGUGUAUGGCCUAAUGAGCGAGUUGCCUGUUGGGAGUCAGAUCAUUGAAGUAGAAGAGGACACUGCUGCCCUUUUAGGGGACCAAAAUCCUCCCCCAGUCAAACAGAAAGUAAUUUAUGCCAAACUGCUCAGCCACUUAGCUGUCUCAGCUAACAAUGGUGUACCAGGCGGGGGUAGUGUGCCAAUGGGGGAAACUGUGUCGGUUCCCACCGCGCUGGUUCCUGUGAUCUCUGCUGAGGGAAAGCUUGAUCUGCCUACACGACGCAGCGCCCGCCAGGCCCAGAGGAAGAAGAGAAAACAUGUCUUCAUUCCUAAAAUUACUAUUAAACCCAUAGUUCCUCCAAAAUCUGAUGGCACAGGUCCAGAGUCGUAUGUGACGACUACAAAGGUCCCGGAAUCUGUCAGCAACAACAACCAUGACAGCUCAAGCAACAGUUCCUCAAGCUGCAAGGAGACAGCAGCCUUGCGAUUGUCAGGACUUACAAAUGGGGAAGCAAACCAGAAGAAAACACUGCGCGAAAUGUUGGCUGGAAUUCCAGGCUUUAGCAUGAAGCCUCGCAAGCGCACCAACAAGAAGUUGAGUCAUGCGGCCCAGAUAGCUCAGACGAUGGAGGGAUGCAUAGACCUGGAGACCCCUGACUCCAUCCUAGUCAACACAAAUCUCAAGGGGCUCCUCAACAAGCAUACCUUUGGCAUGCUGCCGGAGAGCUACCAGCACAAGUUGAUCAACCUGCUACCGGAGUGUGACCGGAUACUGGGCCGGGAUCACGCACUGCGACUCAGUACAACUGCCCUCAAUAACGAGUUCUUUGCCAAGGCCUGCACUGAGUGGCGCGAACGACUCUCAGCAGGGGAGUUCACUCCAGAGAAUCAGCAGCGACUGAAGCAGGAGGAGGAGCGGGAGCAGAUAGAACUCGACCCAUGGAAGGCAAAACACUUUGAACCUGUGUGGGGACAAAAGACAAUCAGUGAUGUACCAAAGUCAGACGAUGUCCACAAAGUGUCCGGUGACUCCUCCCACAUGGCAGCUCGCACUGGCAAGGUGCGAAAGACAACCCUCGUGUCCACCAUGCUUAAACAGAGGUCCAUAUCUCAGAACGUUACAAAAAGUGUGAGUUCAGUGGGGACGUUGUCAGCACCCCGCCCUGACCCUCAUAGUGGGCUUCUGUUAAAAGUUGAACCUCGACUUGGUCAGCCUAAGACUGUGGCUGAUAUGCUGCCUGCGGCUUUGAAAAGACCUGUCAUUAGUGUGGGAAUGGAGAACAGAGACAGUGUUAGUAGCCCUCCAAAACGACAGAAGGUCGAAGUAGUGACAAAGCCUGUGCAAUCGCAGGCGAAUGCAAACACAUUGGCGCAGAUACGUGCCCAGUCUCAAGCUGGGUGGAUGCAAAAAGGUCAAAGUGGUUUGAUACCUAAUACUGUGUAUGAGGAGAAAGUUAAACCACUGCUGAUCGAUGUGUCAGCGUGUACUUCAAGUUUGGAGAUGAAGUCGCCGACACGGACACUUGCUCAAAUCAAAUCUCAGACCCAGGCUGCGAAAGCAAAGGUCCAGGGUCAGACACGAACCCUGGCACAAAUAAAAGCAGAAACGAAGGCCCAUCAGCAACAGGCAGAAGCUCAAGCAAAGCUUUUUGCCCACUUGCUUGCGAAGGCAAAGGGUGAGGUGACCAUACCUCAGGUUGUGAAGCAGCAAGCUCAGAGUAUAGUCAUACCGUCACCGAGUCGAACCAAGACCACUAAAACUGCUGAAGUGGAGAAAAAUGCGGAUGGUGUGAACUUAAAACGAUCUCUCGAAAUUUGUGAGCAAGCAAAAAUUCUGAGCCAGAAAAAUCAAGAAUCUGGUGGUGUUUCACUACUGCACAAGCCAUUAAUAACAAGCUUGAAAGCGUCCUCUGACUUGAACUUUGGCAAUUACCUGAAGCCGAACAUCGCCCAGGCUCAUAAAACUGUGUCUCAGAUUCUACAGAGUCAGACAGUUAAGGUUGGUUCAGUGCAAAUGUCCCAUGCUCCGAUUCCUAAACCGUCAGUGAACGCAGGUGUUAAAGUUUUCACUGCUGCGACGUUUGCUACCUCAACAAAUGUGCCUAGUGCUGCUAGUGUUUCAUCAGCAGCAGUCAACUCCAGUGGAGUCUCGUUUGUAGUGUUACCCCCGCCUUCAGUUUCCCAAGUAACUGGUAUAUCGCCAGCGGUGUUUAAUGUCCCAUCCACCCGCUAUAUCAGUUCCACGGCAGUGGCCCAGCAGAACCUGCUGCAGCAGUUGAUACGAUCUGCAGCAGGCACCAUUUCUGUGGGACAGACCCCUGUAAACCCUCAAAGAGCUGCCAGUGCACCCCCACAACAGAAAACUGUGCAGAGAGUCAGUACCCCUGUGCAUACCAUAGUGCGUUCUGCAAGUGUAGGGACAAACGAUAAUACUUUGGAAGAAAUGGGGGAAAAAACAAAAAUAAAGUUAACAAAUAAAGGACCUAAUUCUUCAGGUGAUAUUAUUGUGCAAAUUCCUUCUGAUAAAGUGAAUUUUUUAAACAAGAAGGGCGCUGCCAUAAUUCCAGGAACAAACGGGUCUAAGUCAAAUUCUCAUCAUAUAAUUCUGACAUCAGGGUCUAACACCCUUUUGAGUGCACCUGGUGGUGGCGUUGGCAGUGCUCAAACAGUGACUUACCAGAACAAGAAAGAAAACCUUGUGGUGCACAAGUCUAUGCCGAGUGAAAAGGUCAUCAUAAUCUCUCCAGAGAAAUUAUCAGAUAGAGGGAAUUCAGCUCCGGUCAAAGUAGCUGUCAAAGACCAGAGCACAGACUGUAGCUGUGACCUCAAAGCAAUGAAAGCCUGUUCUAAGUGUGGAGCAUUCUGCCAUGCAGAUUGUAUUGGCCCUUCAAAACUUUGUGUCUCGUGUGUGGAGAUCACGUGAGGUUCCUGUGUGACUUGUCAAUGAUGGCUGUAGCGAGGAAAGAAGACAGGGUUUGCUAUGCAGAACCGCAUUUUAGCCUGGGAUUGAAUUGCUGUCAACUUCCAUUAGUAUAAGCCGCUCAUGUUUAUAUUAUUAUACAAGAAAUCUUCAUGGAAAUUCAGUUCUUGUUAUUUUGUAUAUUUAUCAUAGAAUGAAAUUGGUUAAUUGUUGGGGUGGUCUUUUCUUCAUUUAUAUUAAUUACUAUUGAAGUAUUGUUUUACUUUCUUACGUGAUCAAAGUGGAUGUUUUAGUUAACCUUUUCUGCUACUUGGGAAAAGCACACCAAUCAUUAUUUCAUAUUCAUGUGACAACAAAUAAGAAUUCGCUGUUUUCUUGUCUAUUAAGAAUGCAUCAAAUAUACAAAAAUACCUGCUCUCUCUGUCCAAAUUAAAUUAACUCAUGUUAAAUUCCUUUGUCUGGUUGCGAAUAAAAAUUCUGCAGUCAAUAUUGAAUUUUGUUUAUUUAGCAUUUGUCUUUAACCCUUUAAGCGCUGGAACCGGAUUUUAAAGGCCUUUGCAAACAGUUUGGAUCCAGAUGAGACGCCACAGAACGUGGCGUCUCAUCAGGAUCCAAACUGUUUGCUAUUCUGAUAGUAUUCUUUGAAAAAAAUUGAAGAAAAUGCUUAUUUUAGAAAUUCAGCAGACGACAUUUUAGCAGAAGACAAAUUACCCAGCAUGCAAAGGGUUAAAGUAAUUCAAUCAGUAUUGAUAGAAAAAAUUCUAACUAAGUACAUUGUCUUUUUGAAGAAAUGAAAUGCGAAAUCUAAAUCAAGCAUUGAUGCUAAUAUAAAAAAAAGUGUGUAACUGUAAAUAUGAUCGUUGAUGAAAAGAAGUGAUCAAAUAUUCCGGGGUACAUAAUUGCUGACUUUAUUCACAGUACCAUAUAUUUUUUCUUUCCAAUACACAUCGGAAGAAAGAGAGUAUAAACUGUGGCAAUAAUUUGUACUUGUACAUGUUUUUUUUUAAGUUUGUUUUAGAAACUUAUAUUUUAUUUUAAAAACAAAUGAGUAUUCAAAGAACCAAUAAAUGUUUAAUAUAAAGCACUGCUAUCUUCUAUUAAGAUGUAUUGAAUAUUUUAAUUUCAUCAACCUGUAUUCAAAUAUUUAGAAUUUCAAAUGUGAUGAUGUCUCUUUUUUUCCAAACAGUUUUGGAGAUUACAAUGUUUCGUUUUUCAUACUUCAAAUCAUGCAUAUUUCACAUCGUACUGGUACCGUAAUUUAUUUCAACUAAACUGUAGAUUUUUUCAUGUUAUCAUUGUUGGUGCCCAUAUUUGUGUCCAGAAAUCUAACUGAUACAUGUUUGCAGCAGAUUUGUGUUCUGAAAAUUGUUUGAGAGCUUUGAGAUAUACAAGAAAUCAUGUUAUCAAUAUUUGUGUCUUAAAGAACAUGCAAUAAAAAUAAACCUUG